AUGGCCCCUAGCAAGAUAAGAAGAGCCCUGGACGCCGUCAAGGAUCAGACGAGCAUAGGCCUCGCCAAGGUCAGCGGCUCGGCCUCGCUCGCCGACCUCGACGUGGCUAUCGUGAAGGCCACGCGCCACGAAGAACACCCGGCGGAGGAGAAGUACAUACGAGAGAUCCUCAGCCUGACGUGCUACUCACGCGCCUUCAUCAGCGCGUGCGUUAACACCCUAGCCAAACGACUUAACAAGACCAAAAACUGGACGGUGGCGCUUAAGACCCUGAUUUUGGUCCAGAGGCUGCUGAACGAUGGAGAUCCGGCUUACGAGCAGGAGAUCUUCUUCUCAACGCGCCGCGGCACGCGCUUUCUCAACAUGUCGGACUUCCGGGACAAUUCGAGCUCGUCGUCGUGGGAUUACUCGGCUUUCGUUCGGACUUACGCGCUCUACCUCGACGAGCGGCUCGAGUACCGGAUGCAGAGCCGCCGCGGAAGGCGUAGCGCGUUCGGGUUCGAUGAGGACGACGAUGAGACGGCGAUGGGACAGCAGCAAAUGAUCGUUAGGGCUACGCCGGUGAGGGAAAUGAAGACGGAGCAGGUGUUUCCGAGGGCUCAGCAUUUGCAGCAAUUGCUUGAGAGGUUUUUGGCCUGUCGCCCCACAGGUGCAGCGAAGACUAAUAGGGUUGUAAUUGUGGCCCUAUACCCCUCAGUAAAAGAAAGUUUCCAAAUUUACUACGACCUCACAGAAACAAUGGGCGUCUUAAUCGACCGUUUCAUGGAAAUGGAAAUCCCUGACUGUUUAAAGGUUCACGACAUCUUCUGCCGCGUCGGGAAACAGUUCGACGAGCUCGACAUUUUUUAUAGCUGGUGCAAAAUCAUCGGAAUCGCCCGAUCUUCCGAAUACCCGGAAGUUGAGAAGAUCACUCCCAAGAAACUCGAGGUCAUGGAUGACUUCAUACGCGACAAGUCAGCUAACGCACAAACGUUGAGAUUAAAAGCUGAAGCAGAGAAUAAGAUCAGCGAUACAAAAGAAGAAGAUCAUCCUGUUGAAGAAGGAGAAGAUAUGAACGCCAUAAAAGCACUUCCGGCGCCGGAGGAUCAUGUUUCGGAACCUCAAAUUGAGGAUGAGAAAAGGGAACAACUUGAACAAGAGAAAGCUGAUAAUAAACCUCACCAACAACAACAACAAGGUGAUCUGUUGAACUUGGGAGAAAAUGCGUUGACAAGUGAACAACACGGAGACAAAUUAGCCCUAGCUUUGUUCGACGGAAUUCCGUCCGCGCCAGCAAUGGCGGAACCAACUCCACCGUCAUGGGAAGCGUUUUCGGAUGGGGGCGCAGAUUGGGAGACGGCGCUGGUUCAGUCGGCCAGCGGCUUGUCCCAUCAAAAGAUGGCCCUCGCCGGCGGUUUCGACAUUUAUGUUCUCGACGGCAUGUACAAACAGGCAGCGGCGGCGGCAGCCGUGGCAGGUUCGGGGUUUGGAGCAAGUGGGAGUGCUAGCAGUAUCGCGCUAGGGUCCUCGGGGCAGCCGGCAAUGCUGGCAUUACCGGCACCGCCGGUGGAAUCAUCCAACGGCAAUGGUGCGGCCUCCUCUACAUCAAUUAAUGUGGACCCCUUCGCCGCGUCUCUGGCGGUGGCGCCACCGCCGUACGUUCAGAUGUCGGAGAUGGAGAAGAAGCAGAAGCUGUUGGUGGAGGAGCAGCUGAUGUGGCAGCAGUAUGCGAGGGAUGGAAUGCAGGGACAGCUUGGAAUGGGGAAACUACAACAUAACCCUUACAACACGGGAGGUUAUACACGCACCUAUUGA